CCUGUAGUGCUUGUACACUCGUCUGCGAGGACAUCCCUUCCUGCUGCCAUUGUCAACGAUGUCAAACUUCCUAGAGAGGAUUGUAGGGCUCGCCGAGCGUUUGCCUGAGGGCAUCGAGCGCGCUCAGGAUCAGAUCAUCGGCAUUUUGGAUCCCAAUCGCCGCCAUGACAACCCCGAGGAGAAGGCAAAUGACGAGAUUCGCGCUGAGAUCAACGCCAGCCAUAGGUUCAAUAGUUUCGCAAGCCAAAGGUCUGAGAACGCCGUCAAGUGGCAUGUUGAUGGUCACGACUACAUGUAUGCGCUCUCGGAGAUGCUCGAUAGCGCAAAGGACUGUAUUUUUAUCUUGGAUUGGUGGUUGACUCCCGAGUUGUACCUCCGUCGUCCUCCCGCCGAUCAUCCCGAAUGGCGUCUCGAUAGAAUUCUGCAGCGCAAGGCCCGACAGGGUGUCAAGAUCUUCGUUGUCGUCUAUAAGGAGGUCACUCAAACCAUGAGCAUGAGUUCGAAGCACACCAAGGCUGCUCUAGAAGAUCUUCAUCCUAACAUUUCUUGUAUGCGCCAUCCCGACCAUAUCGGUAGCAAAGACACUGUCGAAUUCUGGUCUCACCACGAGAAGCUCGUCGUUGUCGACAACCACCGGGCCUGCGUUGGAGGACUCGAUCUUUGCUUUGGUCGCUGGGAUACGCACAACCAUCCUCUUGCUGACGCUCACCCUCUGGAUUUCUCUCGCACUCUCUUUCCGGGUCAGGACUACAACAACGCGCGUGUCCUUGACUUCCAAGAUGUCGGCAACUAUGUUAGCAAUGCUGUUUCCAUCUUGGAGACCGCUAGGAUGCCUUGGCACGAUCUUCAUAUGACGCUGUGCGGUCCGGUCGUCCUUGAUCUUGUUCAACAUUUCACGGAGCGAUGGAACGAAGUCCGGCGUAGAAAGUACCAGCACAACGAACGCUACCCAGUGCUUGCUCUGCCCCACAACGUCAACGCUGCACCCAACGAGGCUGUUGUUCGUCACCCUCACCGUGAACAAUGGCAUCAGAUGGGCCGCCGCUUCCGUCAACGAUUCCAUCUCGAAGACGGCGACGAAGUCGAGGAUCCCUACGCGCGCCCACCGCAUGGAAAGUGUCGCGUACAGGCUGUCCGGAGCGUGUCCGACUGGAGCCACGGAGUCCUCACGGAGCACUCCAUCCAGAACGCAUAUAUUCAAUUGAUCAGGGAGUCAAACCACUUCAUCUAUAUCGAAAACCAGUUCUUCAUCUCGAAUACCUCAAACGACGGGCCCGUCGUGAACAAGAUCGCACAGGCGCUCGUCGAGCGGAUUCUGCAGGCGGCCCGGGAUGGACGAAAGUUCAAGGUCAUCGUGGUCAUCCCCGAGCUUCCUGGCUUCGCGGGCGACAUCAAGAACGAGACCGCGCUGAAGACGAUCAUGGCGGCGCAGUACCGGACGAUGAACCGCGGCGGGAAGAGCAUCUACGAGCUCGUGCGCAAGGAGGGGUAUGAUCCGAGCGAGUAUAUUCGGUUCUACCACCUGAGGUCGUAUGACCGGAUCAACGCGCCGCUGGGAACGCUCAUCUCGCAGAUGGAGCAGAACUCGGGUGUGACGUUCCACGAGGCGCAGAUCGCGCUCGCGCGGAUGUGGAUCGGGGAGCACGCGGGGGGCGGGGGCGACGAGAACGCGCCGAAGGAGGUGUUCGUGAAGGUGCCGCAGGCGACGCAGGAGGGGUUCACGGUGACGGACGCGCCGGUGAAGCAGGAGAAGGUGCCGCUGCCGCCGAACUACGAUGCGGCGAAGGAUAUUAUCGAGCGGUUCCAGGAGGGCGCGCAGGGCGUGCGCGGGGACGAUGCGGUUGCGGAUUCGGUGGCGCAGCAUGCGUUGAGGGAUGUUACGGAGCUGAAGGACGAGCAGUGGCUCGGGACGGAGGAGGAGGAGCUUAAUUCAUAUGUGUCGGAGUUGACGUAUAUUCACUCGAAGCUCAUGAUCGUGGACGACCGCAGGGUGAUUCUCGGAUCUGCGAAUCUGAACGAUCGCAGUCAGAAGGGCGACGGCGACUCUGAGAUUGCACUGGUUGUCGAGGAUGACGAUAUGAUUCGGUCGAGCAUGAAUGGCGAGCCGUACAUGGCUGCGCGCUUCGCUGCGACGCUGCGUCGUCAGCUGUUCAGGGAACACCUUGGCCUCCUUCCGCCGCAGAACGGGGAGAACGGGGAAGAGGUGACGGCUGCGAUGCGGCCUGCGCCGGAGCCGCAGGCGGACGAGACGGAGGAGGAGGACGAUAAGCGCGUGGCGGACCCGCUGGCGGACGAUGUGCAGGAGCUGUGGAACACGACUGCGCGGGUGAACCGCGAGAUCUUCACGGAGCUGUUCCGCCCUGUGCCGACGAACUUGGUGAGGAGCUGGACGGCGUACGAGGCGUACGUUCCGAAGGUGAAGACCGGACAUGUCGUGCCGGGUGUCCCGCUCGAGCGGGUGAAGGAUCGGCUGUCGUAUGUAAAGGGAACGCUUGUGGAGUGUCCUCUGGAUUUCUUGAUAGACGAGAAGGACUUUGUGGAGGGUGUGGAUUGGCUUGGGCUGAACCCGACGUUGCCGAUUUAUAUUUGAGAAGGAGAAGGAGAGGACGAGGAAGAAGGGUGGUGUACGAUUACAUGUUGGGAUUGGACGGAAGAAGAGUGCGUGUGUGUUUGAUAUGGUACUUAUUUAGUAAGAAUAGGAUAGGAUGGGGCCGAGUGAAAACGUGUGUGUGUCGGAAGGAGGUGUUGCAGGAGGGAAGGGGAAUUGACAUGUGG